CCACACAUCCAGCGGGGGAGGGAAGCGGGGUGUGCCUCUCUCUGCCCCCGGCCCACUUCCUCUCCCCCUGGCGCUCCGGCCCGGCUGCGCUGCCCUGCGGAAGGGGUUUAGCGCCAGCGCCUGCCCCUCUGGCUGCGGAGUGCGUGCGGGACUCGGGACAUGGAGGGCUACGGGCUCUUCCUCGUGCUGCUGGUCUCGGCGCUGCUGCUCGGCUUCCUCUCCGUGCUCUUCGCCCUCGUCUGGGUCUUUCAUUACCGGGAGGGGCUCAGCUGGGACGGGGGCUCGGCGGAGUUCAACUGGCACCCGGUCCUCAUCAUCACCGGCUUCAUCUUCAUCCAGGGGAUCGCCAUUAUUGUGUACAGAUUGCCCUGGACCUGGAAAUGCAGCAAACUCCUGAUUAAAUUCAUCCAUGCUGGGUUAAAUACCAUAGCAAUGAUUCUUGCAAUUGUUUCUCUGGUAGCUGUUUUUGAUUUCCACAAUGCCAAGAACAUUCCCAACAUGUACAGUCUGCACAGCUGGAUUGGACUGACUGCUGUUAUAUUUUAUACUCUGCAGCUUGUCUUAGGUUUUGCUGUCUUUCUGCUGCCCUUCGCUCCAGUUUCUCUUCGAGCAUCUCUCAUGCCAAUACAUAUUUAUUCUGGCCUCCUCAUCUUUGCAACAGUGAUUGCAACAGCUCUCAUGGGAUUCACAGAGAAACUUAUUUUUGCUCUGAAAACUCCUGCACCUGCAUAUAGCACAUCUCCACCAGAGGCGAUUUUUGUCAACACUCUUGGUCUUUUGAUUGUUAUCUUUGGGGCUCUUAUUUUGUGGAUGGCAACAAGACCCCACUGGAAACGCCCACCAGAACAGAAUUCUAAAAUUCAGCAACCAAAUGGAGGGACACCUGAAGGUACAGAAGAGGAAUCCACUAUGACAGAUUGCAGCAAUACAGAUAAAUCUGAUGUGGAGUUCAAUAGUGAAGCAGCAGCCAGAAAACGAAACCUCAAACUUGAUGAGGUAGGGCAACGGUCUACCAUGUAAAGGGAGUACACAAAAUUGAUGCAGUUUUACAUUAUAAAAAAAUGCUAUUCCUAUCCAGCUAUUGAUUACAUUUGGUAUGUAAAUAGGGAAUUUCUAUCAGGCUUGCUUAAUGCAGUUCAGUUUUUCUGCACAACUAGUAUGAGCUGAAAAGGUCUUUAAAAUUCAGUAAGAUCCAUAUUUGUCAUGAUAUUCCUUAUCGUACCUCUGUUUAAAAGAAUUGAGGACUGGGGUGAAAAAACAUGUUGAGAUUUGCGCCUUUUAAAAAAAAGGUCGUAUGUCUGGAAUAAGGACAGAGUUUUAAAAAGCAUCUAAUCGGAAAAUAAUUUUUACAUCACAUCUUAAUGUAUUGGUUGUUUCUAUGCAGUUCACUAGUUUCUUUAGCAAGUUGUUAUGACUGGGACAAAAUGCUGCCCUGAGUUAUGCUGUGAAUGGGCAUGAAGGAGAGUUGUAUAUGCACAGCAGAGUGCAGAAUUUAUCCAUUAGCACACGCCUAUGCUGUUUUAUAAUAUUGUUCCACUUUUGUAAGGGCCUGGUUCUCAAGCUUAUGAGCAUUCUCAAUUCCCACUGAAGUCCAUGAGAACUGAGGUCACUCCGGAAUUUUCAGAAUCACACCAUUCAAAAUUUUUGGGCAAAACUAUUUAAUUAGGAAAGAAAUUAAACAGAAUUUUUGUUGAAAUUUUCACUAAAAUUUCAUGUUUUUGACCAGCUUUUUCCAUUUAUUUUUUUAAUAAGAGUUCAUCAACAUCUUGAAUAGGUUUUAAACCGGCUCUAGGACAUGUAUAGAUUUAUAGCCAGCAUUCACCCUUAUAUACACAUGUGAUUGCUACUGAAAUCCAUGUAAGCUACAAGUAAACAUCUAACAGCAGCAUUUGACCUAUCUUGAAAUAUAUGCAGCUUUUACAUUCACUUUAUUAACACAAUUACAAAAACUAUGUAUUGAGUCAUCACAUCCUUUCCCUUGGCCUCUGGAACCAGUACAGUAUUGUUCUUUAUGGUUGUAUCUUACAAGCCAAUAUUCUGAAGCCUUUUUUUUCUCCAUUUUAAUCUGGAACAGUAAGAUGAGGAAAGCAGUGUCUAAUGGUUUAGGCACAAGUAGAAGUCAGGACAUAUAGUCUAUGUCUACACUUCAAUUAGAAAUCAGUGGUUAGUCUGUGCCAGCUGAUUUGGGCUUAUGGGGCUUGGGGUAAGGGGCUGUUUAACUGCGGUGUAGACAGCUGUCAUGGGCUAGCGGCAGGUUUUUAAUUACAGUGUAGACAUACACAUGGAUUCUGUUCCCACCUCUGCCACUGGCUCACUCCAAUCUUAUAACCUCUGUCUUACUUUCUUCAUUUGUAAAUUGAAGAUUUACGUAAUGCUUAACUUAGGCAAUUAAUUUAACAUUUGUAAAAGUGCUUUGCACUUCUAUAGCUUCCUUUGACAAAUCAGUAUUAAUGCAUUACUUUUAUCUAAAAAUCUCUCUCAGAUAUAAUAAAUAGACAUUGCUUUUACUUACUUACAUAAUUCUAGAAGAAUGGAAAACUACUCUAAUAGAAAAAUAAUUAUAGUGGAUGGCUUUAUGUGAUUUCAAGUGUCCAAAGUGAUUAGCCUUUCUCUUGCAAUCUGCUUGUAAGGGUUGCCAAAUUUACUUUUGUAAUACCAGUGUCUAGACCUAAAAUCAUUUUGACAAAUGGCAUAACUAUUUCAUGUUUACCACUAUUCAUGUUGCAAAGAGCUCUGGACUAGAGCUUUGGGCACUAUACCACUUUCCAUUCCUUCUGAAGACUAUUUUCAUUUUGAUUUAUAUAUCAGCUUCUCACAUAUAUUUAAACACAUUAGGAUCCCACAAAUAUUUUAAUCUUUCUAGCUCAAAGUGAUGUAUUGAUGUACAUAGUUUUGAUUACUUAUUGUUAUUUUAGGACUCCUUUGAGAUAAUAAAGCACCUUGGGUCACAAGCU